UGUUCAUCAAUGGCUCCGAUUAUCAGGGACCGACAAUUCACUGAUUCCUCUGCUCUCACCGAUUUUGUCAUAAACCGAGGGAAUGGAGUGAAGGGUUUGUCGGAAAUGGGUCUCAAAGCCCUCCCUAAACCUUACAUCCAACCAUUAGAAGAGAGAUUAUGUAUGACCAAAUUUGUACCCCAACAAUCCAUUCCAAUCAUUGAUAUGUCCUAUUGGAAAAACCCUCGAGUUGCAUCAGCGGUUUGUGAUGCAGCUGAGAAAUGGGGUUUUUUCCAAAUUGUUAACCAUGAUGUUCCGAUUGAAGUGCUGAAUAAUGUUAAAGAUGCUACUUAUCGAUUUUUUGAUCUACCUGCUGACCAAAAGAAUAAGUAUUCUAAGGAGAACUCGGCUUCGAACAAUGUGCGAUUCGGCACAAGUUUUAGUCCUGAGGCAGAAAAGUCUCUCGAAUGGAAAGAUUAUCUUAGCUUGUUUUUCGUAUCAGAGGAAGAGGCUUCUAUGCUUUGGCCACCUGUUUGCAGGGAGCAAGUGCUGGAUUAUAUAAGGAGGACUGAGGUUGUAAUUAAAAAAUUAUUACAAAUGCUAAUGGAGGGGCUAAAUGUGAAAGAAAUAGAUGAAGCAAAAAGAUCUCUAUUGAUGGGUUCGAUAAGGACUAACUUGAAUUAUUAUCCUAUUUGUCCUGACCCUGAAUUAACUGUCGGAGUAGGGCGUCAUUCUGAUGUCUCCACCCUCACUAUCCUUCUUCAAGACGAAAUCGGAGGGCUUUACGUGAGGGGAAAUCAAGGUGAUGGUGAUAAUUGGAUUCAUGUUCCUCCCAUUAAAGGAUCUCUCGUGAUCAAUGUUGGGGAUGCGUUGCAAAUACUAAGCAACAAUCGGUACAAGAGUGUUGAGCACCGCGUGAUUGCGAAUGGAACUAAAAAUAGGAUUUCGGUUCCCAUUUUUGUCAAUCCAAAACCCACUGAUAUUAUCGGCCCUUUGGUUGAAGUGUUAAAAAAUGGUGAGAAACCGAUUUAUAAGCAAGUUUUGUACUCAGAUUAUGUCAAACAUUUCUUCCGCAAGGCUCAUGAUGGGAAGAAAACCGUUGAAUUUGCAGAGAUAUGAAUAUAAUCGAUCUCUAAGGGCCCCUUUUGGAUGAAUGUUUACCUCUAGUGCAGUACGUUUAGUUUUUUUUUUUUGUCUCACACUUGCUAUAAUAUCUAAUCUCACCGCCAUCUCUAUUUUUACACUAACUACAGGUAAACGCACCGCUCAUUCAAAUUCAACCCAACCAAAUUCAAAAAAUGGUUACAAGCUAUUGCAAAUUAGUCCAUUAGUUUAUGUAUCUUUUGUGUGAAAUCAAAUAAAAUGGUUUAUCUUAA